AUAAGUUUUGAAAUCUGUUGACUGUUGAGUUGCCGGCUGGAUAAUAUUGUUAUUUUCUUGGUAAAAUUAAUAGAAAUGUCUUCUUUCCAUGGCUUUCCCGAAUUGCCAGGUCCACAAGAAACAGCAUUCUGCAAAAUAAAUGAGGUCUAUUGCUGUGGGAACAUUCGUUAUGGGAAUAUUACUACAUUUACAAACUCGACUAAAUCCCAUCCUGUAAUUAAUGUGGCAAGAGAUGUGCACCACCACAGAACGUCUGACGAAAACAUCAGCAUGUACAUCGAUGUUGAGGACAAUUUACUGAAAAAAAUCACGAGUGUUUUAUACAAGCAAGGAUUUUUAGAAGCUUUAAGCGUAGCUGCAGAUCCUAGCUUCAAUAGAGAUCAUCCUUUACUGUCUGUGACGGCAUCGUACGCUUUGAAAGUGGCGAAUAUAUUUACUGCAUUCCGUUACUUUUUGCAACCACAUUUGAAAGAUAUUGGACCAAAAAUAGUUGCAAAUUAUUCAAGGACUCGAAACUGGGGAAGUGCCCCUAUAAGAUGUUUAGCAUGGCACCCGCAUACUACAAAAAUAGCCAUUGCAACAUCAGAUGAUAAUGUGAGAGUGUAUUGUUCGGAAGUUUCAUUUGUCUCAACUUUAAAGUGCAAAGCUCAAGGUCAUAUUUCUACAAUGAGUUGGAGACCGUUCUCUGCUUCGGAGUUAGCUGUGGCGUGUGACCAGGGUGUCAUUGUGUGGACAGUCGAUCCCAACUCUAUGUUUACUAAACCAUCAUCAAGUAAUGCUGUUUUGUUGAAAAGAUCCGGCCACAGUCCAGUCACAGACGUGAGCUGGUCUCCAAACGGGGACCUUCUGAUCAGCUGCAGCGGCGCAGACACAUCUAUGCUUGUCUGGGAUGUCGCCAUGGAGACCGCUGUGCCCCUUAGAAGAGUGGCCGGUGGUGGAAUAGUGUUUGCGAGGUGGUCCCCUGACGCAAGCAAAGUUUUUGCUGCUACAUCUUCUAUCAUUUUCAGAGUGUGGGACACCAAAAAAUGGACGCCGGAGCGGUGGUGCUCCCGCGGGUGUCGCGUGGCGGCCGCGUGCUGGGGCCCCGGCGGCUUGAUGCUGUUCGCCGCAAAGGGAGAGCCUAUGGUGUACGCAUUGACAAAUACUGGACUUUUGAAUGGCACGCAAACAAGCAAAGCCGUGCCAGUGUUAGACACGUCCAAAGUGGAGCUGCCAUCUAGCGACAUCGUCGGCGGUCCGAUACUAGACAUGUGUUGGGACCCUACCGGGAAAUAUCUCGCCCUGUUGUUCGAGGAGUCACAUCUGAUCGCCAUAUUCUGCACCACGCAGCUCAUGAUGCAGCUCAAAGUCACCCCGUGUUGUUUCGUCUGCGGCAUAGACAACGAAGUGCCAUUGACAAUGGAGUUCCAGAAGAAUUUCGCCGAAGGUGCAUGUUUGACCAUUGCAUGGUCGAGCGGGAGGGUUCAACAUUUCCCCAUUGUUUAUACUGAUGGCUAUUGACCAUGAUAUUGGUUGCUAGAUAAUCAUUGUUUGAGAGGAUUCCCGGUUGGAUCCUUAGUGCCCGGGGUCUUUAGAAAAAUUAACGAGGUAACUGGUUUUUACAGAAAUUAUUAAUUGACUUUAGCGAGUCAAAGGCUGUCUAGAUUGCGUGUUUGAAUAAUUUUAAAGAAUUUUCUUAAUUUUUUUUUACUUACUUAAAGAAACUAACUCAAUAACAAAACAUUGAUGUAUAAAAGAGACUUCUAUUGUCUUUCUUAAGAAUAAUAAUGUUUGUAAAUAUAUUUUUAAGACUGCUAAAGCGCAUUGUAAUUUUAAA